CACUCACCGCUUUACCCCACAGACAUAUGGCUUUACCUCUCUGCGAGCUGGGGGCUGGGGGGCCUCCUGGCUGUGGUUGUGGCUGUUCUGUCCGCCUGUCUGUGUCGGCUCCAUCGGAGAGUGAGGAAGCUGGAGAGGAGCUGGGCCCAGGCCCAGCUCCCGGAGCAGGAGCAGGAGCAGGAGCUCCACUACGCAUCUCUGCAGCGGCUGCCCUGCAGGGAGCCGCCUGGCCAUGGCCACCAGGAAAGGGAAGACUCCUUGCAGGACCCUGGCACCGACUACACCUGCGUUGCUGACAAGAAGCCCACCUGAGCACCCGCCCCCAGCCCGAGUGCAUCCUGUGGCUCACCCAGUAAACACCUUGGUCUCAAA